UCCAUAUGUACCUCCCAGACACGUUGCCGCUCGGGUGCUGAUAAGAAGCACAGCUGAGCUACCGGCCAAACACGUUCCGAGAAGGGUCACCCGUAGGAUCUGAUUGCGAGCUCAUCGGAAGCCUUCAACCUGUCACGCACAUUUUCUUCUGGACUACUGCCAUGACCCGAGUACUGCACAGGCUGAUGAUAGCGAAGAUCGUCCAAACGAGGUGCCUCGCUGUACCCGGAGCCGUCGUACUUGGCUAUGGGCCUUCUUCUGGGGCAACGCAAUGGAAAGCGCGUUCCAAAAGUAAUGUUUCCCCAGCGGUUCCGUACAUUCCAUUGGGCUCGAAUCAACAAAUCCCGAGCUGCAUCGGAACGCCGCGAGCAUUGCAAAAGGCGGUGCAGCACAUACUUGCCUUGGAAGUUGCGCUUCCGCCUUGCUAUAGAUCCACAUCCUCCUCAUCGACAUGGAUGUUCCGGUUCCAGGCUACCCCGUAGCGCCCUCCGAACUUCAGUCAGCUAGUCGGCCGGCCUCGCUAUGGCUCCAGCGCGCUGCCUCCCGGUGGCAUCCAUUCUUCAGCUUCAAACCUCGGCUCAGCGUUCACGGUAAAUACGACCUUCUGCUCAAAGCUGCGCUUGAGGGGCAUUGUCAACAGCGUAUGAAUGUACAACUUGUAGUAGGUGCGGUGAUUAUGCGCCUCUCAUAGGCGGAAGUCUGCUGUAAGUUGGUAAGGUGCGCAUUUCAUCGCUACGGAAGUUCGACCUCAGAUCGGUAGUGGUCAUCACACGUCUUUCUGUCCCAUCGGCGUCUAUAAUGUGUUAAGUGCGACAUCGGAAUAGAACGGGCUCGCUCGCUUUCUAAGCUGUCUUGUGUCCCAUCCCUCGGGCACGGACUCCGCUGGGCACCGCUCACACCAUCAUGUUACAAAAGUUUGACCAACGCAGGUUGAAUGGCCUACCUAGGCCCAUGACGCAACGUUUGAGUCGAUAUUCGAGA